GCAGGGGAGGGAGUGCAACCAGGCUCAGGUCUGGAGUUUCAGCUUGGAUACUGAGCCAAGCAGACACUCAGCGCAAGCAGGAUAGGCCAUCUGCCCCCAGUCCCAGCUUCAAUCCUGCCUUCUUCCAUCAUCAUGGGGAGCAAUCUCAGCCCCCAACUCUGCCUGGUACCCUUGGUCCUGGGCCUCUUGUUUGGAGGUGUGGGUGUGAUGCCACUAGCUGUGGCCGAGCCCCAAGCCUCCUGCUCUCUGACGGGAGUAGAGAUCAAAGGUGGCUCCUUCCAGCUUCUCAAGGAGGGCCAGGCUCUGGAGUACAAAUGCCCCUCUGGCUUCUACCCGUACCCCAUGCAAGUUCGCACCUGCAAAUCCACGGGGUCCUGGAGCACCCUGAAGACCCAAGACCAAAAGAUUGUCAAGAAGGCAGAAUGCAGAGCAAUUCGCUGCCCAAGACCACAGGACUUUGAGAAUGGGGAGUACUGGCCCCGGGCUGCCUACUACAAUUUGAGUGACGAGAUCUCCUUUCACUGCUAUGAUGGUUACACUCUCCGCGGCUCUGCCAAUCGCACCUGCCAAGAAAAUGGUCGGUGGGAUGGGCAAACAGCCAUCUGCGAUGAUGGAGCGGGGUACUGUCCCAAUCCAGGCAUCCCCCUUGGCACAAGGAAGGUGGGCAGCCAGUACCGCCUCGAAGACAGUGUCACCUACUACUGCAGCCGGGGGCUCACUCUGCGUGGCUCCCAGCGGCGAACAUGCCAGGAAGGUGGCUCUUGGAGUGGAACGGAACCUUCAUGCCAAGACUCCUUUAUGUAUGACACCCCUGCAGAGGUGGCCGAAGCCUUUCUGUCUUCCCUGACAGAGACCAUAGAAGGAGUUGAGGCUGAGGAGGGGCACAGCCCAGGGGAACAACAGAAGAGGAAGAUUGUCCUGGACCCCUCAGGCUCCAUGAACAUCUACAUGGUGCUGGAUGGAUCAGACAGCAUUGGGGCUCACAACUUCACAAGGGCCAAGAAUUGUCUCAGAGACUUCAUUGAGAAGGUGGCAAGUUACGGGGUGAAGCCAAGAUAUGGUCUAGUGACAUAUGCCACGGUCCCCAAAGUUUUGAUCAGAGUGUCCCAAGAAAGGAGCAGUGAUGCAGACUGGGUCACAGAGAAGCUCAAUGAAAUCAGCUAUGAAGAUCACAAAUUGAAGACAGGGACUAACACCAGGAAGGCCCUCCAGGCAGUAUACAGCAUGAUGAGCUGGGAAGGGAACGCUCCCCCUGAAGGCUGGAACCGCACCCGCCAUGUCAUCCUCCUUAUGACUGAUGGCUUGCACAACAUGGGUGGUGACCCAGUCCCUGUCAUUCAUGAGAUCCGUGACUUGCUGGACAUUGGCAGGGAUCGCAAAAACCCAAGAGAGGAUUAUCUGGACAUCUAUGUGUUUGGGGUUGGGCCUCUGGUGAACCAAGAGAACAUCAAUGCUUUGGCUUCCAAGAAGGAUGGAGAGCAACACGUGUUCAAAGUCAAGGACAUGGAAAAUCUGGAGGAUGUCUUCUUUCAAAUGCUUGAUGAAACCCGGACUCUGGGUCUGUGUGGCAUGGUUUGGGAGCACAGGAAAGGUAAUGACUACAACAAGCAACCGUGGCAGGCCAAGAUCUCAGUCACUCGCCCUUUGAAGGGACAUGAGAACUGUAUGGGGGCCGUGGUGUCUGAGUACUUUGUGCUGACAGCGGCACAUUGUUUCACGGUAGAUGACCAGAAACACUCAAUCAAGGUCAACGUGGGAGGGAACAAGAAGGACUUGGAGAUAGCAGAGGUCCUAUUUCACCCCAACUACAACAUCAAUGGGAAAAAAGCAGAAGGCAUUUCUGAAUUUUAUGACUAUGAUGUGGCCCUGAUCAAGCUCAAGGAGAAGCUAACGUAUGGCCAGACUCUCAGGCCCAUCUGUCUCCCCUGCACUGAGGGAACAAAUCAAGCUUUGAGGCUUCCAUGGUCAACCACUUGCCAGCAACAGAUGGAAGAACUGCUCCCUGCAAAGGAUAUCAAAGCUCUGUUUGUGUCUGAGUUGUCCAAGGAGGGGAAGAAGAUGCUGGUUCGGAAGGAAGUCUACAUCAAGAAUGGGGAAAAGAAAGCCAGCUGUGAGAGAGAUGCUCAAUAUGCCUCAGGCUAUGACAAAGUCAAGGAUAUCUCUGCGGUGGUCACCCCCAGGUUCCUCUGCACUGGAGGGGUGAAUCCCUACGCUGACCCCAACACCUGCAGAGGUGACUCUGGUGGCCCCCUGAUUAUUCACAAGAGGAGUCGCUUCAUUCAGGUUGGCGUGAUCAGCUGGGGCGUAGUGGAUGUCUGUAAAGACCAGAGGCGGCAGCUGCAGGUGCCUGCUCACGCUCGAGACUUUCACAUCAACCUCUUCCAAGUGCUACCCUGGCUCAAGGAGAAACUCAAAGACGAGGGUCUGGGAUUUCUAUAAGGAGUUUCCUGCUGGCAAGGGACAUGAGACCAAAUUAAAACAGCUGCGACAAUA